AUGAAUUUUAGCGGUAUAAGUAAUGGUUACAACAACGAUGAAUUUACUACAACAUUACCAUUUACAAUUACUUUUUCAAUAUUAUUAAUUAUUGUCUUAGUCAUUGGAAUUAUUGGAAAUUCAUUAGUUAUUUAUGUUGUUCUCAAUUAUGGAAAAUUAAAAACGGUGACAAACACUUAUCUAUUGCAUUUGGCCAUAUCUGAUUUAAUAUUUUUGAGUGGUGUACCAUUUUUGGUUGCUGUCAUGAUAACCAAAUAUUGGAUAUUUGGUUAUUUUUUAUGUAAACUAUUUUUCUUGACACAAGGAGUUAACCAGUAUACAUCAAUUAUGAUAUUGGCAUUGUUAGCAUUUGACAGUGAAAUAUUUCGUUCAAGUUUCAAACGUGUAUGUUGUAUAAAGGACAGUAACGAUCCUGACGAAUUGACUAAUAAACAAAAUCUAUUGAUGAACAACUUAAAUAAAAGUAAAAAAAUCCAAAUAAAAUUACCAACAUCAUUACAUAAUAAUAAUUUAAUUCGAAGAGCAACUAAGAAAUCUCAAUGUAUUAAUUUGGAUCCACCCGACAAACAACAACCGUUACGAAGAAAUUCAAGUAUUUUUACAUCAGAAAAAUCAAUUUGUUCAGAAAAAUCAGUUUGUUCAGAAACAUAG